UGCUGGGUGGGCUGGGGGGAUGGCACCGGCAGAAGUUGCCACACUGUGGAAGCGGAAGAAUCUUGUUUCUUCUGAUGACUAAACUCUCCACACUUAGUCACCAACCUGGGCACUCUCUUGACACCGCUGUCUUGGUGGCCACAGGCCAAGAGCCAAGAUUAGGCAAGAGCAGGAGACCUGGCCCUAUGUCCCAAGGCCUGUCUUGGCGCUGCAGAAGGAAGUGUGUGGUGUUAGGCUGAGAGUGGAGCCGCGUGAGCUUGCUGAAGCCGCCUUCCUGGGAGGGGAGGAGUCCAGCUUGCAGGAGGCUGCAAGAGUCAAAGUCCCCUAGAUGGCGGUGCGGGGGUGCUUGCAGUGUCUGCCGCUGCUGCUGCUGGCUGCGGGCUGCGUGGACGCGCGGUGGAGCGGGGAGGGCACCAGUCCGCACCUGCGGACCAUCUUUCUGGGCCGCUGCAGCGACUACAGCUCGCUGCUCAGCCCCCAACAGCGAGACAAGAACUGCACAGCAAUCUGGGAAGCUUUUAGUGUGGUGCUGGACAAGGAUCCCUGUUCUGUGCUGCCCUCCGAUUAUGACCUUUUUAUUAACCUCUCAAGGCAUUCCAUUCCCAGAGACAAGUCCCUGUUCUGGGAAAAUAACCACCUGCUCGUGACUAGCUAUGCAGAUAACGCCCGUCGUUUUAUGCCGCUGCGUGAUGUUCUGUACGGCAGGGUUGGAGAUUUCUUGAGCUGGUGUCGACAGAAAAAUGCUUCUGGACUUGACUACCAAUCCUGCCCUACAUCAGAUGAUUGUGAAAACAAUCCUGUGGAUUCUUACUGGAAAAGGGCAUCUAUCCAGUAUUCCACGGAUAGUUCUGGGGUGAUCUACGUUAUGCUGAAUGGUUCUGAUCCAAAGGGAGCCUAUCCUGUCAGGGGCUUUUUUGCAGACUAUGAAAUUCCGAACUUCCAGAAGGAUAAAAUCACACGAUUUGAGAUCUGGGUAAUGCACGAAAUCGGAGGACCAAAUGUGGAAUCCUGUGGAGAAGGCAGUGUGAAAAUACUGGAAGAGAGACUGAAGGAAAUGGGUUUUCAGUACAGCUGUAUUAAUGAUCACCUUCCAGUGAAGCUCUUACAGUGUGUGGACCACAGCACUCAUCCCGACUGUGCCGUACAUUCAAAGGCUGCACCAGCGUAUAUGGUGGGGUAUUCCUUACUGCAUUCCUUCGCCAGAACUGGACAUUACCUGUUCCUAUAUCUUCACCUCUACUUGGCAGCAGCUUCUACUUAAAGAGAAAUCCCAUUUCUUUGUGAAGAACAAAGUGUCAGCCCUGUAAUUCCUUUCUUAGUGACUUUGGCUUCAGGUACUCAAAUAUAGCUAACAACUCAGCUGUGCCACCUUAACCAGCCCAGCCCUGCCACCUGUCCUUGUAUGAAGUCAUCCUUCUUGUUCUGAGUAUGCCAAGUGACUCCCUUGUCUAGAGAAGCUUGUUGCUGGCAAAACUGUACAUGCAGUUAUUUUUUAAUGUGACUUACAUGGUCAGGAUAGCAGACACAAGAGUGUAGCCUAGUCCCAUUUAACAGGUUACAGCUUCCGUGUUAGAAUUCAAGCCAAUUAUUUUUUUCCUAUUUUUUAAAAUUGUGCUUUAAAUGAAGGUUUACAGAGCAAAUUAGUUUCUCAUUAAACAAUUAAUACACAUAUUGUUCUGUGACGUUGGUUGCCAACCCCAUGAUGUGUUAACACUCUCCCCUUCUCGAUCUUGGGUUUCCCAUUACCAGCUUUCCUGUCCCCUCCUGCCUUCUCGUCCUUGCCCCUGGGUUGGUGCUCCCAGUCAGUCUUGUUUUGUUUUAUGGACCUGUCUUAUCUUUGGCUGAGGUGUGAACCGUAGGAGUGACUUCAUUACUGAGCUGGAAGGGUGCCCGUACUCUUGGGGUUUCUCCAGUCUCUGUCAGACUUUUCUUAAAAUGGUACGAUGCAGUGAGGCCCGGACUGUUUGUUGUAUAAUCAAACAUCUUCAGAAAAUUUGAAUAGAAUUGUAUUUCAUAUUUUUUCAUACCCCCAGAAAGAGCACACCGCAUACUUAUUGAUAGCUUAAGAUGUAUUUGCACUAUAUAAAUUUAUAUAGAGAGAGCCCUUGUGGAGCAGUGGUUAAAGAGCUUGGCUGCUAACCAAAGGUAGGCAGUUCAAAUCCACCAGCUGCUCCUUAGAAACCCUAUGUGGCAGUUCUACUCCAUCCUAUAGGAUCGCUAUGAGUCAAAAUCAACUCGACAGCAAGUCAAGUAUAUCCGAUAUAACAAAGAUUUACACACAAAGAUGUUCAUUCAGUGGGUAUUUAUAACGGGUAAAAAAACAAAGUGUCCCAUAAUAAAGAUGUGUUUACAUAUGGUUUGAUACAUCUAUAAGAUAGAAAAUCUUUCGACUAGUAAAAAUCAUGUUUACAAACUAUAUGUCCUUCAACUGGUGAAGGAUAAAACAAACUAUGGUACAUCUAUACAGUGGAAUACUAAUCAGCAAAAAAAAUCACCAGCUAUUGAUACACAUACAACAUGGUUAAUCUCAAAUGCAUUAUGCUAAGUAAAAGAAGCCAGUCUCAGAAGGCUACAUAUUGUGUGAUUCCAUGGAUAUGACGUUCUGAAAAAGGCAAAGCUAUAGGAAUGGAGAACAGAUCGGUGGUUGCCAGGGGUUAGGGCUAGGAAGAAGCUAACUUCAAAGGGCAGCGUGAGGGAAUUCCCGGGGGUGAUGAAAUUGCUCUGUAUCCUGGUUGUGGUGGUGGCUACAUGAAUCUAUGCAUUUGUCAAAACUCAUAGGACUAUACACCAAAAGAAUAAGUUUCACUCUAUAUAAAUUAAAAAUAAAUCAUGUUUGCAAAGGAUUUAAUGACAUUAGAAAUGUCAACAAUAAGUGCAAGAGAUGCGAUAUAAAACUUUAUCAUAUGAUCAAUUGUCCAAAAUAUAAUAUAAAUAGAUAAUAUUAUGAGUGUAUGUUUGCAUGAUACACAUAUGUUGUAAGUGAAUGAAAAGAAAGGAAAUAAACCAAAAAGCAAAAGGAUUAUCUCUGGAUGGUGAUCCUUUUUUUUUUUAAACAUUUUAUUGAGUUUUUGGUGAAAGUUUACAUAGCAAAUUAGGUUACACAGGAAGGAGAGGGCACACUUGGGAGCCAGGUCAAGCUCAGAAAGGUUAAGGAAACAGAUUGUGGGAAGUGAGCCUGUGGAAGAAUGAAAUCCAAGAAGACCUGGCAUGCGGUGGGAUGCUUAUUAGGUGCAACCACUGGUGUGUAUUGUAUAAGUGGUGCCAGCUUCUCAGAGAAGCUGUGCCCAGCUGGGCAUUGUCAAACCCAGUAGCUUUCUGUAACCCAGACACACCCUGCCUUUUCACUACUGGGGGUGGGAGGGUCUUUGGCUAUGCUGGUCCCUCUAGACUGGUUUCCCUUCCUGCUCUUCCACCCACUUAGCUGACUUGAAGACCCAUCUUAAGCAUCACCUUCUCACUGAACCCUUCUGUACCCUCACCACCAGGCCCCUAGUUGUUUCUUUCCCCUGCUUCCCAGCCCCCUAUGAAUUCCCCUAACGUGGUCCGUGCCCCUGUGUCGUCAUUGUCUGAGCACUUGCCUGAUUUCAUGCUGGCCCUGUGGCUUCAGCAAAGACUCGCCCCUCUUUGCAUCCCCUGGCCUCACCAUACCUAGACAAAGUAGACAUUCCAUACGAUGUUUUAAUGAGAGAAUGGGUAAGUGAGUGGACUGAGCUUCAGAGAAGAGAACAUAUGGGGAGUGACUCUUUAAUUUCCUUUUAAUUUAAGUUUUGCUGGAGGAGUUCAGGAGUGUAUUUAUGUUAUUGUAAUAAAGCACUUAAAAUGCAUGAUAUAUCACUAGUAUGGAUGGGAGGAGCAGGGAUGGAGAAUGAUAAGUGGUAUUAAGUUUUGGCAUAUCGAGGAAGGGAGAAGAAAGGCCCAGCCAACUUCCAUGUCAUCCUUUUUUCUCAGGUCCAACCUGGCUUCUGAGGUUAAUCCCACAGAAGUCCAGCCAACGGGAGUCUCUUAGGACAGGCUUGGAGAACACAGUGUCCCCUGCCUGUGCGUUGCCUGGGUGAUGAGUCCAUUUACACCACAAUCACUCACAGCAUGCUAGCUUGGGACUUAAUUAGGUGCUGUCCUUUUGAGUUCCAUGAAAAAGGAAAUGUUUUAUUUAAAAAUUAAAAAACUUUGAUUGUGAAUAAAAAGUCAUGAUACCUGCUCACUUGAAAGAAUUUAAAUGACACAGAAAAAUUGUGAAGAAGGCAAUAAA